AUGAUGACGUCAUUGCACUUCGGAUUGCUGGCGCUUUUUUCGGCGCUUUUUCUGGCCAGCGGAUUGUCGGCGACCUGGCAGCCAGAAACUUCUACACAUCAUCCGCUGGUUACCCCACAUAAUACGUCUCAAGUGGUGCUCGAAUGUGCCCCGGCUGAAAAUUUCAUUCAAACGCAUAUGGCACCGGAUUUUGAGACUCCGCAACUGGUCCGACGUCUUGACUGGUUCCACGAUGAUACCCUCGUGGCUAGUUAUCAGCAGGUCAGCGGUGUUUCUUUUGAUUCCUCGAGAUUCGUUUGUUUUGUUCGCCUUUUAUUGUUCUGCCCUUAG